CAUUUUGCACAGUGAAGACGGAUAGAAAGAGUUGACACAGCUUCUCCCUGUAAUUUCGGCUCUCCAGCAGCCCUUUGCCAUCAUGGCCUUGUCUGGCUUCCAUUUCCUGAGUUUCAGGGCUUUGUUGCAGCAGAACCUUUUCUGGGCCAGCAAGUGGAGAGGAAAAGAUUGCCAAGGGAUUAUUUAAAAGCCUAAGCAGCUGAGGAGGAGGAGGAGGAGCCACGGGGACACUGCACUUCCACGUCUGCCAGAUGCCAAAUUGGCGAGGAAGUUGCAGGGCUGAGCGGGAGCUGCGUCUGCAGACUGAGCGUGUGUGGCGGCAGCGGAGGGCGGAGAGAGCGCCUGGGCCACCCAAGCGGCGGCUGUCCCCGGGCAGCGCUGAUCCAGAUGUGCAGCUGCCAGCUCAGAGGCGAGAUCCUGGGAUGGGAACUGGCAGGAGCUUCCCGUCUGCUGGAGUGGUGGUGCUGAGGGAACGUGGCUCAUUAACCCCGAGGAUGGAGCUGCUCUGAUACUUGGCAAACAGCUGCUUUCUCUUUCUCCGGCUGGGAUGCAGAGCCUUGAAAUGUGUGCCCAGGAGCAGACAGGACCAUGGCGUUCUCCUUUGUAUUAGGACAGGCUCUCCCCCUCCUCUCAGGAAGGAAAAGUACUCAGGCAGAGUUGGGGACCUAGUUUGCUGGGACAACCUGUGGAAACGGCUCUCUCUUGAGUCAAACAGUGGACGAGGGCACAGGCUGCUCUUAUUUUGCUCUUCUGUGGCCCAAAUUCUGUAUGCAAAAGGCUUGGGCGGUGCCAUAGAGGUUGUGACUGGUGUAAGAAGAACCCAAAGAGAGGCUACCUGGGAUGGUCUAUUCCAAACACUUGCCCGCAUUUCCAUGACUAAGUUGGUCUCUGCAGCACCUGGAGAACUGUGAGGGUUCCCAGAGGAAGAUUUGAGAAGCCAAACACUUUCUCAGCCAGCUUUCCCCCCUGCCUUUUUUUCUGCUGCAAGAGAGACACAGGCCAAGUGACCCUUCCUGGCCUCCCCUCCCCUCUCAUGCCCACCAUGAAGUUUUCGCUGCGCUUCUGGUUCCUCUCCACGGCUUUCCUGCUCGUCUUCAUCAUGUCCCUCCUUUUCACCUACUCCCACCACAGCAUCGCCUACCUAGACCCCAAUGGGCUGAACGGCAUCCACCGGGUGAAGCUUGUUCCAGGCUAUGCUGGUAUGCAGCGCCUCAGCAAGGAGGGGCUCUUUGUGCGGAGCUGCACCUGUCACAGGUGCAUGGUGGACGUGAGUGACUCAGAGUGGUUCGACACCCGCUACGACAGUAACAUCUCCCCAGUGUGGACCAAAGAGAACAUGGACUUGCCGCUGGAUGUCCAGAGGUGGUGGAUGAUGCUACAGCCACAGUUCAAGUCCCACAACCUGAAUGAAGUCUUGGGGAAGCUCUUCCAGAUUGUCCCUGGAGAGAACCCAUACAGCUCCCAGAACUCACAGCCGUGCCGCCGCUGUGCUGUGGUUGGCAACUCGGGCAACUUGCAAGGCUCUGGUUAUGGCAGGGAAAUCAAUGGGCAUGACUUCAUCAUGAGAAUGAACCAGGCCCCUACAGUGGGCUUUGAGGCAGAUGUUGGGAGUAGGACAACCCAUCACUUCAUGUACCCAGAAAGUGCCAAGAACCUGCCGGCCAAUGUUAGCUUUGUUCUUGUGCCCUUCAAAGCCCUGGACCUGCUGUGGAUGGCAAGCGCCUUGUCGACGGGCCAGAUCCGAUUCACUUAUGCGCCCGUGAAGCCUUUCCUUCGGGUGGACAAAGACAAGGUUCAAAUCUACAACCCAGCUUUCUUCAAAUACAUCCAUGACCGAUGGACAGAGCACCACGGACGCUACCCUUCCACGGGGAUGCUGGUCCUGUUCUUUGCCUUGCACGUUUGUGAUGAGGUGAACGUUUUUGGGUUUGGGGCAGACAGCCGUGGCAACUGGCACCAUUACUGGGAAAACAAUCGCUAUGCAGGAGAGUUCCGGAAAACUGGGGUGCAUGAUGCUGAUUUUGAAGCCCAUAUCCUUGAUAUUCUGGAGAAGACAAACAAGAUUGAUGUUUAUCGUGGCAACUGACCCCUCCAGGCUGCUUUGUUCCAGCACUGACUUGGUGACUGGCCUGCAGGGCAUGAUGGGCCAGGUGGUGUGGCCGGCUACCUGUUGGGCCUGGGCAGAGCACUGGGUUUCCCCUGAACCCAUCAAGAUGGACCCUGGGAAACCUGCACCCCAGGGAGGCCCCAGGGAGCAAAUGAGGUACACUGUUUCUGAAAGCAAUUGCAGCAGAAAGAUACUCUCAAAGGGGAGUGAAGGAAGUGUGUGUGUUUUGUUGGUCCUCUCCGCUCAAAUCAAGAGGAUUUUCAAAUAGAACAAAUCAAGUUUUGAGGAUGUAGCACAGGCAUUCCACCUGGUGGCUAAAAGGAGAUACAUUGCUACACAUUUUCUUUCUUUGAAUGAAGUAGAAAGGGGUGCACAAAAGCAGCCAAAGGAGGAGGAAAUCUACCUGGUGGCUGGCCAGGUUUGGCUGCUCUUUGACCAGUUCUCAGAGGUCUGCCCUUCUGAGUCUGCUGGGAAGCCUGGACACUGACUGGUUGCUAAGAGCGAGGCACUGCAAGGCUGCCUUUGAAGCUGCAACUGGAAGAAGCCUUUACAAUCCAGAGAGACUCCGCUGUUGUUAUUU